CGAUACAUUUUUGAAAGAUGACAAGUGCCACAUGCACUUGAGAUGACAAUGAGGUUUUCUGGAAUAAAUAUGAAAUGAUAAAUUCAAAAUCAAUUACACUAUAUUAUUUUUGUCGAUUGUUUAUAAGCAAGAAAUAAAAAACAGAGAUGUACCAAAUAACUGAAAAUUCAUUGAACGAAAAACCUAAUGACAGCAUUUUAUAUGAGCUGCUUGUAUAUUCAGAAUGGAAACAUACUGAACAAAUUAAACCAGAUACAACUCUUUUCAUACCCAAAACAUCAGUUUUAAAUAGAAUUCUUAAUUUAUUUAACUCGAGAGUACCUGUACCAGAAAUAAUAUACGAACAUGUCGGUUGUGUUCUUCCUUGGCAAUUUUGUGUUGGAGAAAAUGGAAAAGUAAUAGCUAUACUUCAAGAUACUUCUUUAGAAAUAAGAUCAUCAAAAGAUGAAUAUUCUUCUGUUAUAGGAAAAGCAACUGUUCAAUUGGACGAGUGGCCGCAAUGGAGGCGAAUGGCGUGGACACCAGAUUGCAGUAUUUUAGCUAUUGCAAGCAGUAAUGGAGUUGUAAAUUUUUAUGAUUUAUUGGGGUGUAAAAUAUUUAGUAUAUUGCCUGAAUGUUCAUCUUCACCGGGGUGCAAGGAAAUACAACAUGCAGUGUGUGGUCUUAUAUUUCUUCAAAAUCGAGUUCAGGAAUAUAAAUGGUCUGCUGAAGUAUUAAUUGUUGAUUUUAAUGGAAAUUUACGCAGUUUUCUUCUAUCACCCACAGAUGGGUAUAAAUUGAAUCAUAAAUUCAGCUUUAAAUCUUAUUAUAAGAAUGGAAUAUCAGCUGUUGCAUUACAUCCAACUAAUUCAUUUAUAAUAAUAAGCGGAAGUGGUAACAAAGAAUUUGGUUCCAAAGGACUUUUGGAAAGUGGAUCUCGUCUAGGCUUGUCAUGCUGGCGAAUUUUGAAUGAUUCUCCUUAUUAUAAAUUAAAUGAAAGUAUACAAGAAUCUUCAAGUGAUAUUUGCAGACAGUGGCCAGCUUGGACACAAAAAGUAGUUGGAAUUAUAUAUAAAUUCAAUAUAUCAAACAGUGGAAAUCUAUUAGGUUGUCUGCACAGCUGUGGUACAAUAUCUAUUUGGAAAAUUCCAUCCUUAAGAUUAUAUAAUAUUUGGCGACUUGUUGAUCAGCCUGAUUAUAACAUUCCUCAUCCCAUGCUAGAAAACAAGAAAUUUUACAAAGGGGUUAAUUUUAAAAAAAUGCCAAUCGAAUCACCUAUUGAUAUUAAUUGGUGGAAUGAAGAAGCAAUUAUUUUGUCUCGAUACAGUGGUGCCAUAAGUGUGAAUUCUGUCAUGGAUUUAAAAAAUCUCUUAGGUAAUACACCAGAAUUUUUAUUGGGACAGCCACAGGUAUCACCAAUGUUGUACAAUAAAGGUUUUAUAACUCUGGAAUGUGAGUCUGUUUAUAAUAAACGUAGAAGAAGUAUUCAGGAUCCUGUUGAUCUAUCAUUAGAUAGCAUUGAUGAAGACACUCCAUUAGAUGAUAUUCAACAGCCAAAGUAUUUUCUGGAUCAUGUAAUCAAUAUGAUAAAGUAUUCUCUCUAUCUUGUAACUGAUAUAGAUAAGUUUCGUCCAGCUAUUCAAAUGCCAAGACAAAUCACUCGUACAUACAGGUUGAUUUGUUUGAAAAGUUCAACUCCAGAGGAAUUGUACAAUAGAAAGAUAGAUGCAGAAGAUUAUAAUGAAGCUUUAGUUUUGGCUAAUAAGUAUAAUUUAGAUACAGAUCUCGUAUACAAGCGUCAGUGGUUAAACUCUAAUGUAUGCAAGCAAAGCAUUGAUGAUUAUUUACGCAAAAUCAAAGUAAGGUGGUGGGUUUUGCAGCAGUGUGUUGAAAGACUAAGCGAUUCUAUGGAAUCAAUGCGUGAAUUGCUGGAAUUUGGUUUGCAAAUAACUGACAUUGAUAUAUUUAUUAAUGAAGAAAACGGUGAAGUGGACAGCAUUAAUAAAUCCUGGAUAGAAAUAAAUAAAUCAGAACAAAGCGAAGCUAAAUUAUUGGAAAACAUUAAUAUAAAUGAAGUGAGCAAGACACAGAAGGAACUGCUUCGAUAUAGAAUUCUCAUUUUAAAAUAUCUUGAUAGAUUAUUUGUAUAUGAGAAAAUGCUGGAUGAUCAAUAUAAUUUUGAAACUAGUUCAUAUAACGAAUUUAGAAGUUCAAGUAUUUUACACUGUGCAUUAAAAUAUGCUAGAAAAGGUUUUUGUGAAUCACUGAUGAUUUUAUUUACAUAUCAUUUAGAUGAAUUGCAAGACCAUAUCUUUCCUUUACUUUCAAAUCUGCCAGAAACAAUGGAUCCUUCUGAUUUUAGGGGUUUAUUACCAUUUUGCAACACAUAUGGAUGCCCAAUGAAAUUUGAUCAAAAAAUUAUACGAAGCAGUGAUUGGUGUGAAGCAGAAUGUCUACGUUCACUACACGAGCUCUUACUUAAUUCGGAAUUUAAUAAUUCUGAUUGGCUAUAUAUUGAAUCUCCAAACUUGAGCCAAUAUCGAGGUACAUUAGAUUCUUCCAAAAUUACUCAAUGGCAUGUUUCUCGAGCUAGAGAAAUUGAAGAGAGAACUGGCAUUGUAGACAAUGCAUUAAAAUUGAUGAAUAUAGCCAUGGAAAAGAAUGUUCAGAAUUUGGAAAAUUUACAUUUUGAUUUAGAAACAUUAGACUGUCUUAUAUAUGAAAUUAGACUCAAUAAUGUUUCUUUAUCCGACAUAGAACAAAGUACAAAGAUACAAAGAGGCACAUGGCUAAUGACUAAGGCUAGUGAAACCACAUUUAUAGAUAAUCUGACCAAUAUUUAUCUGCCGUAUAUACAUAGAACAAAUGAUAAUGAGGAAAAACUGCAAUAUCUGAAAGAAUAUUUAUUACAUCUAAGUGAAAAAGAUCUCAUGUGGGCAUUUCAGUAUUUUGAGCAUCUUAGAAAAUCAUCAAAAUUGUAUGGUGUUGUGACAAAGCUGAAUCUAUCACUGGAAGAUAAAAUAAAUUUAGCAGCAAAAUGUAUUUAUAAGAACAAAGGGGAUCGUAUAGAUCAAAUUGAGUUAGCUGGUCUAAUAUUAGAAUGUCUUCCUGAAUUACCUGAGGAACAUCCAAUGUCAAAGUUUCUUGCUAAUCUCGAAGGAGAGAUACAGUGCUCAAAGCUGUUUCACGUUCGUAACAUACCUCUAUCAACUAAAGAACUGCAUGAAUCUAAAAACAACGAGUUGAAAUCUUUGGAGUUAUUGGAACAAAUGGCUAGAAGUGUACUUAAAAUGCAUCCAUUAGAAAUAAAAUGGAAUAUGCUUCUAAGUGACUUAAUCUAUCUUCAAGAAACUAUACUCACAUGCAUUGAUAUCGAAAAAGUUUUCGAGUUGUAUGUUAGAACUUUAUUGUUAUGUGGAAGUAAAGUUGACAUAAAAUCAGCAGCUGAUAUUAUGCAUUGCUCAAGCAUGACAAGGGAUAAUAAAGAUAUUAAAAUUCCAUAUGAUGUUAGUGUCAAAUUAGUCUUAGAAGCAGCUAGGGAAUAUUUUGAUUCCUCUAGGAGUCUAGAUGAUAGAAACAUGGAACUUUCGAAAACAUGUUUGAUGCUAAUUAUUGAUGAGCAUGAAGAAAUUCAAGAAGAACUGGAUUUGAUUGCAGCAAUAAGGAUUCUUCAUGAUUUUCAUGUUCCAAUUUUGCCUAUUCAAGUUAGACUGUGCUCCGAUCGCUUAAGACUCAUUGAAUCUUGCUUGGAUCAUGCAGAAAAUAAAAAUAGAAGCAUCAAAUAUCCUCAGUAUAUUGUUCAUAAUUAUUCAGUUGAUGCAGAAUUAAUGGAGUUGGCAAGAAGAUUGAGAAUAUAUGAAGAUGAUUUAAAACGCAGAGAGGGUGCGGUGCUUCAAAUGUUAACAAAAGAUGCUUUACAAAAAUGUAAUUGGAGUUUGUCUUGGUCAUAUUGUCAAAGAUUAAUUAAUGGCAAUCAUGGUUUACAUUGGCGAGUUAUAGCAGAACUUGCACGCCAAGGAAAUUCUCUUCUGACUUCUAUUAGACUUGAAGCAUUGGAUUUCGCACUUUUAUUUUGCGACGACGACGCUAUUGAAGAAUUAUUUACUAUAAGAGAUGAAAUAGAAAUAAAAGAAUUAAAAAUGGAGUUGGAUUUCUUGACUGUUCAUGCAACAGAAAAUUCUAAUGAUGUACCGUCUUCGGCAAAUGUAAUUGAAACAGGAACUCCAGAAAUAACUCCCAUUGAAGAAUCUUUUGAUCCAUUUAGUUCGUCCUUGUCAACGGUCAAAGAGUUGCCUGCAAAUUUAACUAAAGUGAUGAAAAUGUUCAAUCCAGCUGAUAUAAUAAAGGACUCAACAUUCAGUUUAAUGUCGCACAUAAUUGAACAUGAUUUUCUAAAACGUAAAGAAACUCCAGAAAAUUCAUCUAUCAGAAAUACAUUUACGGAAGAAAGUUAUCCAUGUUUUUAUGCAGGGUUACAUGAAAAAUGUCUCAUAUCGAAUUUUUAUUCAUGUUAUGAUAGGUUUUCUGAUGUUGAUAUUGAUUGCAAGGAAGUACAAAUUUGCAGAAUUUUACUAAAAUUAGUUGUUUUGGAAAAUCAAUUUGAUCCCACCUUGGUACCAGAUAUGAAUGAAGUGCUUAUUCAAUAUGCCACUUAUGUGCUUCCUGAAGAUAUUACUCUGGGACUGGCUAUUUUAUUAAUAUUAAAAAAUCCCUGUGAUGCUAAGAAGGUAUUGGAUUCAUUCCCAGUUUCACUGGCUACGCUGCGGACAGCUAUAUAUUACUUUGCAUUGCAAAUAUUAUUUAGUGAACCACAAUAUAGUUCUGAUAUGAGCUUGUUUACUAAAGAUUUGGAUGAGAUAACACAACUUGCCCUUAAUGUGAAAACUGAUAGUGAAAUGCAUUCUAUACUUCAUGAGUAUCGUAAUAAGUUACAAGAUUUCUGUCAAGCUGAGGAGUUGCAUACUUUAGGCUGUGGUGUCGAUAUACAAAGAUUUGCAAAUGAUGAAAAUUAUAGAAGGGAUUCAAUAUUAGGACUAUCAAUGAGUCCUGAUUUGAAUCGCUAUAAUUUGGCACUUAAGCUAGGAAACAGGCAUAAUAUAAAUUUAUCAUCAAUAGCAUUUGAACAUGCUUCUAGUUUAUUACAAAGUUCAGAAAUUGAUUUAAAGAAAGUUAGUGAUCGAUUAGAAGAUAAAGGCUUACUUCAAUUAUUAAAGGAACAACCUGACAUAACUUGUGAAAGGUUGUUGAAAGAAGUGUUUCCUACAUUAGAUGGGUCGGAGCACAAUAUAUUAAUUGUUUAUUUCACAUUAACGGAUAGGGUUAAUCCGGAUUAUUUAUUUUAUGGCCUUUUGUCAAAAGAACAUAUUAAAUUACUUAAAAAAAUUAAAUCAGCUUGUCCAACUCUUAAUUAUGCUAUUCUCCUUACGCCACCUGAAAAUUUUGUAUCGCAAAUAACAUCAAAUUUACUUCAAGAUGAUCUACCAGUUUUAUAUAAAUUUUUGAAAAGUUUACCAACACAAUUAUUGGCAAAGUGUCAAUACACUCAAUCACUACUUUAUAAAGAAUGGUGCAAAAAACAUAUGUCAGAAAUACAAAUAAACUCUCCACUCAAAGAAUAUGAAAAACACUGGAAUGAUAUUAGCCCACUAUUUUCUAAGAUCAAUGCAGAAGACUUUAAAAUGUUUGUAUACCACAUCACAUUAAAUUCAAAGUUAAUAAACAAGAUAGACAUAUUAACUAGAUUAACAUUGCUCAAACAUGCGAUAACCUACUGCAAUGAAAGGACCAAACAAGAUAGAAUUGAAGGUUGGAGUUUUACCCAUUCCGAAUUCACAGAAUGGGAAAGUUUGCUUGAGACACUUCGUAGUGAACCUUGGCAGAAUUUAUCAUUGCACGGAGAUAUACAACAUAUAUUAAAGAUUAUACAAGGUUCUUGCACAGAUAAAGAUCUUCUGCUAUCAGGCUAUAUAGAAUUAUUAUUAAUUGAUAACAUUUCUUUAGAAGAUAUCAUUAUUGCCAUGAAAUCAAUAUCUGGUUCUCCCACUUUAUUAUUUGUUAUCACACAUUUAAUAAAUACAUGCUGUAAAAACUUAAACAGCACUGAAAGUUUAAAUAGUUUAUCAAUGGUUGCCACAAGAUUAGAACGUUUUUUAAUUAGUAGUUCAUCUGAAGUUGUGAAAACUGAGGCAGAUUUUGCUUCAGGGGAUUGGGACAAUGAAUGGAACAUUGAUGAAUCUAUUGAUGAAGACACAGAACAAUCAUUUAUAUUGUGUGAUAAGACCAAAAAAGAAUUAGCAGAUGUACUACUUCCUUUGUGUGGAGACUCUAGAAUACCAUCCACAUUGAGAUUGAGAUUCAUGAAAAUUAUACAAGACUUGAAUAUUUCAUCAGAUAGUGAGGUCAGUUCACUAAUGCUCUAUCAACAUACACAAGCUACAGUUUCUUCAGCUUGGAAUAUUGAACAAGAUAGCCUGAUUAAAAGUGAUUUAGCUGAGAUCUUAUCGAAUAUGGAAUUAACUACUGAACAAGGAAGAUAUAAAGUUUUCCAACAUUUUCUUGACAAAGUAUCAAAUUGGGAUCAUGUUGAAUGUUUAUCAGAAUUAUUGUCGUAUUGGCCAAAAUUUAGCAUAGAACAUUAUUGUGAUAUAAAUAGUCCAUGGAGCAUGUUGUUAGAAAAAAUAUUAAAUUGUGGAGAAAUUGGACAAGUUGAAAAUGUAUAUUCUAUUAUGAUGAAAAUUUUGGACAGUGGUGAUUUGUCGGAAUUAACUAUAGAAAAUAUGCAUAAAAAAUAUGAAAGUAAAAUUACGGAACAUUUGGGUAUUUUGUUUGAUUUAAUUUUUUAUAAAAACAAUGAAUCAACGAGUUAUUUAAGAUAUCAUGCUGUGGAGAUAAUAAACAAACUUGAACAACCUCUAGAAGAAACAAUUUUAAAACUAAUAGCAUCAAAACAUUUGGCACAAGAUAUUGUUCAAUCAAAAUCUUAUAAAAGCCUUUUGGAAUUGUCUCUUAUAUCAAGUUCUAUGGAUAGUAAUGAAUCAGAUUUUGUAGAUCCCGAAAAUAUAGUUAAAGAUUUAUUAAAUGCGAGAUUAACAGCUGAGGCUGGUUCAUUCAGUCUCAGCUCUAUUGGAACUCCCGCUAGUUUGAGGUCGUUCUCUGCGGCCGUCGAGUGGGCCAAACGACUUUAUGCAACAGACGAUGAGGAAUGAAAAAUUUUAAACUUAUGGGGACA